AUGGCCCGGGAGUUGAGUCAGGAGGCGCUGCUGGACUUCCUGUGCCAGGCCGGGGGCCAAGUGACCAACGCCGCCUUGCUGAGCCACUUCAAGAGCUUUCUCAGAGACCCGGACGCGUCCCCCCGCCAGCACCAGCGCCGCCGCGAGCUCUUCAAGGGCUUUGUCAACUCGGUCGCCGCAGUGCGCCAGGACCCCGACGGCACCAAGUACGUAGUACUCAAGAAGCGGUACAGGGAACUUUUAGGGGAGGAGGGGCUGCAGCGACCUUGCGACCCGCCCUCGGCCGCCGCCCCUGCAGGGGGAGCUGCGCCCUGCUCCCCGCGAGACGCGCGCCAAGGGGAGACGCCGCCGCAGCAGCAGUCUAGGCGGCGGCGGCGGCACGAGAAGGAGCAGGAGGAGGAGCCAGCAGGUGCCGCAGCCCCAGCCGCUGAUCCAGGUUGCAAUGGACUCCCCGCCAGCGGCGCCCGGGAGGCGGCCGGGGGAGGAGGCGGGCGAAGACGCGGCUCCAGCCCCAGGGCGCCGGGGUCCACGGCUGUGGCGGCAGCUGCCCAGGUCGGAGCAAAGUGCCCGGCGGCGGAGACCCAGGGCCGCGGCAGCUGGGAAUGUCUCCAGAACGGCCUAGGGGGACUCCCGGGCGAGCCGCUGCCAGGUGCACUCCCGGACCCCGCCACCGCUGGGGAGGAGCCGGCGCGGGCUCCGGCUGCGCACGAUGACCUCCGGGCUCCCUGGCAGGAGCGGGAAAGCGCUCCCGCUGAGCCCGCACAGCUGCCCGCUGCGCCCCUCUCGCCUCUUCCAACCGUCGAGGCUACUGGGAGCGGAGCUUCCCUGCCUGCCCUCCUGUCCCGCCCUCCUCCUCCUGGAGACCCGCCUGCAUUGUUGACCCCGGGCGAUCUGCAUUAUUCUACGCUGCAGCAGCAGCAGCAACGCACUCGAGAUUGGGUAGCCAGACAUCCCCACAUGCCCGAGGCCCGGGACCAGGGCCCCAUCAGAGCCUGGUCAGUGCUGCCAGAUAACUUCCCUUUGGAUCUGGACUUCCGGGUCUCAGAACCUAAAUCUGCGCCUUUAGACCCCUCUCUUUCCCUUAAUUCUCUCUUUCCUGUUGUUCCCGAAUCCUGGCCCGAAAGCCCUCCAGUGACAGUCUUUCGUAGCAUUCGUUGUCAGCUCUCCCUUCAAGAAUUGGAUGACUUUGUGGACCAGGAUAGCCACAGCAGUGAAGAGAGCAGCAGUGGACCCAAAGAGUCCCCUGGGGGUUCUGAAGAGGGGCAGCACGGUGCCCUGGGAGCCUCAGAUUGGAGAAAACUCAGGAAUUCAACCGGUGGCCUUUCUCUGAAGGAGGGCGGCUCCAGCAAGAGUUCUCAAGGUCUCAGGAACGGAGGGGAAGGUCAUACCUCUCAGCAGGUCCCAAACGGGGCUAAUGGUCCUGCAGGCCACCCCCAGGAACCUUGGCCCUGGCCAGCUCCCAAGUUAAGGAGAUCCCUCAGAUUGAGCUCUCAGGCAGGGAGAGCCAAAUUUUCCUCCUCCGAUGAGGAAUGUCUUGAGGAGGACUUGCUGAAAAAGAGCCGGCGCCCACCACGGUCCAGGAAAACCUCCAAGGCAGGAGCAGUGUCGAACCCCAGGGUGGAUGCUGCUUUGACACCGAAACCUACUGACAUAAAGGCUGCUGUUGCUGAGAGGGUUUGGCUACACAGUUUGUGGGCCCCAGGUAGGCAGGAGCCUGCAGCCUUGGUCCCACACAGACCUGAGCACAAGUCCUCUCUGGUCCCCCUAGAUGCUAGGGAGCAUGAAUGGAUUGUGAAGCUUGCCACUGGCUCUUGGAUUCGUGUGUUGACUUUGUUUUUGGAGGAUCCCCAGCUGGCUUUGCACAAGGACUUCUUAACUGGGUACACUGCUUUGCACUGGAUAGCCAAACAUGGUGACCUCGGGGCCCUUCAGGACUUCAUCUCCAGUGCCCAGAAAGCAGGCAUUGCUCUUGAUGUAAAUGUGAAGUCCAGUGGUGGGUACACCCCUCUGCACCUUGCAGCCAUUCAUGGCCACCAGGGGGUCAUGAAGUUGCUAGUGCAAAGGUUGGCUUCUCGGGUGAAUGUCCGGGACAGCAGUGGGAAGAAGCCAUGGCAGUAUCUGACCAGUAAUACCUCUGGGGAAAUAUGGCAGCUCCUGGGAGCCCCUAGGGGCAAGCCUAUUUUUCCUGUCUAUCCCUUAGUCCGCAGCUCUUCCCCCACCAGGAAGUCCCAGAGCCGGGAAAUAUCUAGAAAUAUCACCCGAAAGACUUCUUUUGCUGCACUACUCAAAAGUCAGCACAACAAAUGGAAACUGUCCAACCAAUAUGAGAAAUUCCCCACUCCAAAGGAAAGAGAAGAGUACAGUGAUUAA